AUGGAGAAAAUCGGUCAUGCCUGCAACUAUCACCAGAUAGAGAAGAAUCCCAGGUAUAAUUUUCCAAUGUUUUGCCUACCUUUUUUCAUUUUGCUUUGUUUCUAUCUAUCUGCAAACAGACCCAAUCUGAAUGGCUUAUUUGGAAGGCAGUCAGGAACAACUGCUGGAUACUCUUACUCUGCUGCUAACAAGAACAGGGCCGUCACGUGGGAGGAGAAGACUUUGUAUGAUUACUUGCUCAACCCCAAGAAGUACAUCCCUGGAACGAAGAUGGUUUUCCCUGGAUUGAAGAAGCCACAGGAGCGUGCUGAUCUCAUUGCAUACUUGAAGCAGUCCACUGCAUCUUAAGCAUUUUACAAUUCCAGCCUCCCCAUUUUGCAGUUUGUUGGAGAUAAUUUUUUUUCCCAAUAAAGUAAACCAUAGUCAAUGAUCCUUUGAAGAGUUGCCAUAAUUGGCAAACUAAACAUUCGAUUCAUUUAGCUUACUGUGCCUCUAUUUUGCGAAUAUUUGGUGGAUUACCAAUAAACAGUUUGUUAAUGAUAGUUUUCAGUUUUGAUAUUG